CGUAGGGCAACAAGGAUGGUUAGUUUUGACCGUGCUUAUUUGUGCCGUAAAAUAUCGAUCCUAAUUGGCAGCUGUUUGGGCUUUUAUAUUUGCCUAUCUCGCGUUUUUGAACUGUGGGCACUAAAUGAAGGGGUUCUGACCUGGGAAGGCCCAUGCAUUCCUUCAGUUGGAUGCAGAGUGGGGACAGUGUCUCUGGCGAUCUCGAAAAUAGGAGGGAAUGUUGACCAGGGAGCACCGCUGCGGCCGAUCAGAGGAGCAGGAACCGGAGCUCGGGCUGAGUCCGAGAAAAGCCGGAUCCGGACGGUGGCUCUGGAACGGCUGGAAGUGGAAGAUGGAGGAGUCGGAGGAACCGGCGGACAGUGGGCAGUCGCUGCCCCCGGUUUACAUCUACAGUCCCGAGUAUGUCAGCAUGUGCGACUCCCUGGCCAAAGUCCCCAAACGGGCCAGUAUGGUACAUUCUUUGAUUGAAGCAUAUGCACUGCAUAAGCAAAUGAGGAUAGUUAAGCCCAAAGUGGCCUCCAUGGAGGAAAUGGCCACCUUCCACACCGAUGCCUAUCUGCAGCAUCUCCAGAAAGUCAGCCAAGAAGGAGAUGAUGAUCAUCCGGACUCCAUAGAAUAUGGGCUAGGUUAUGACUGCCCAGCCACAGAAGGGAUAUAUGACUACGCAGCAGCUGUAGGAGGGGCUACAAUCACAGCUGCCCAAUGCCUGAUUGAUGGAAUGUGCAAAGUAGCAAUUAACUGGUCCGGCGGGUGGCAUCAUGCAAAGAAAGAUGAAGCAUCUGGUUUUUGUUAUCUCAAUGAUGCUGUCCUGGGAAUAUUACAAUUGCGACGGAAAUUUGACCGUAUCCUCUAUGUGGAUUUGGAUCUGCACCAUGGAGAUGGUGUAGAAGAUGCCUUCAGUUUCACCUCCAAAGUCAUGACAGUGUCUCUGCACAAAUUCUCCCCGGGAUUUUUUCCAGGAACAGGUGAUGUGUCUGAUGUUGGCCUAGGGAAGGGACGGUACUACAGUGUAAAUGUGCCCAUUCAGGAUGGCAUACAGGAUGAGAAGUAUUACCACAUCUGUGAAAGUGUACUAAAGGAGGUAUACAUAGCCUUUAAUCCCAAAGCAGUCGUCUUACAGCUGGGCGCUGAUACAAUAGCUGGGGAUCCCAUGUGUUCCUUUAACAUGACUCCAGUGGGAAUUGGCAAGUGUCUUAAGUACAUCCUUCAGUGGCAAUUGGCAACACUCAUUUUGGGAGGAGGAGGCUAUAACCUUGCCAACACGGCUCGAUGCUGGACAUACUUGACCGGGGUCAUCCUAGGGAAAACACUAUCCUCUGAGAUCCCAGAUCAUGAGAUGAGUUACAAUAUGUAUCUCAGAAAAACCACUCAAUGUGUCUAGAAUACAAAUAAAAGGCACACUGUAAUUUGAGACAAUUUGCUGGUGUCAGGGUUAAUAGAAGUCUCUUUUCUUGACUUGACUUACCUUUGUUCAGUAUUUGGAAGCUUUAUGAAAUAUAAAGGUAAGCGAACAAAUUACAUUUGUGAACAAAUGUAAUUGCUGUUAUUGCUGUGGGAAUAUCUCAGAUUGCAUUGUAAUUUAAAGCACUGAGACUUUAAACUGAUCAAGUUAUGUCAAAAAGUAGUUUUAAGCUGUAGAAGCCUGAAUUGAGAAUGAGUGUUUUGUUCCUAUGAAACAAUGCAAAUCCAUAGAUCCAUCUAUCUUAAAGGGUUGAUUUAAUUAAAUUAAUUAUUAAAAUUUUAAUAAAGAUGAAUACUGCCUCUGGUACCUGGAGAAGCUGUGUGCCUGAAUGGAUGGGGGCUUGUAUAGCUAGACAUGUCCUAUCUUUAUACUGAUAUAUUCUGUGAGAUUAAAUGAGUUAUAAUGUAUGUCAAGUGCCUAACACAUAGUUCUUGGCACAUAAAAGGAACUUUUGAAAUGCAGGUUUUCUCCUUCCCCUUCGCAUGCUCCUAACAACUUCUUAUACCCAGACAUUUAUGACUUUGUCAUUCAUAAAUUUGUCCAAACCCUUUUUGAAUCCCUUCUAUCAUAUCCUUCUGGUAUAAGAGAUGUGAGUCAUCCAAAAAGGAACAAAGAAGAAAAUUGAAAUGACAGUCUUCCAGGUACAAUAAGAUAACAUUUUAAUGAAAAUUGCCAAAAAUAGACUACGCAGUGUGAAGGCAUAUAUAAGUUUUGUGCCACAAUACGCAGUUGCACACAAAUAUCCUUGUGGUCCUCUGUAAUCAGAUCAACAAAUGGUAAAUGAAAAAAUAUUUACAGAGCACCCAUUGUGUGCCAGGCACUAUGCUAGGUAUCUUGGAAGAUGCAAAGACACUAAGACCUUAUCCCCUACCUCAAGCAGCCUGGGAGGGAGGGUGGUAUAAGUGCUGGGGAGAUAUGUAGAUAUAUAAAUAAUUAUAUUACAGAGCAGAGUAAGAAGCACAAGACAGUAGGAACAAUGGCUAUGGAGAUGUGCAUCAAAUAUAAAGGGAUACAAAGGAGUAUACAAAAUACCCUGCCCCCCAGAAGCUGAAAAUAUAAUUGAGAAAUCUAGUCAAUGAAAAGGUCAAGGCAGUGCGUCAAUCAGCCGAAGUCUGGCUGAUCCCCUCAUUGUCUUCACUCUCAGACUUGGGAUUUUGUUCUUCUGUCUCCUAGGAUAAUAGUCGUCCUCCUCCAAGUACCCUUUCCCCACCUCUCUACUAUUUUCCUAUGUCGAGCUUCAAGCCCUAUGCCUUUAAAAAUCCCUUACCUAAAUAUACCAAGGCCCUUUGAGCUCUUCCUUCACUUUCAUUUGUUCCUUCAUUUAUUUAGCAAAUAUUCACUGGGCCCCUACUACUUGCCAGGCCCUAUUCAGACCUGGAUUCAGAGAUACAAAGACUAACAAGAUAAACCCAGUGCCCUCAAAAAUAUCAUCAUCUAAUAAAGGUGACAGAACAAUGUGCUCAAAUCCAGGAUACGUGAGGAGCAUAGCGGAAAUGUUUCACUAAGACUUUGAACUGAAUCUUGGAGGUUGAUUGGGAGUUUGCCAGAUGAAGAAGAGGGAGAGCCAUUCUAGGCAGAGGGAACAGAGAAUGGAAAGGACAUGAUGCCUCAUGGAACCAGUGAGAAGUUUGAUACAGUAGUAGAAUGUAGAGUUCAUGAGAGAGAGUGGGAAGGAUUAAGGCUUGAAUGGAAAUUGCAGCAAGAUUAUGAAGAGCUUUGAAUGCUGAACUCAAGAGUUUAUACUUUUUUUCUGUGAGAACCAAUGAGUUUUGGUUUUUAGAAAGCUCACUUGGUAGACUAUGGAAGAUAGAUUGCAAAAGGGAGAGAUUUUAGAAAGGCAAACCUGUUAAGAGAUUUGAGUACACUCCUAUAACACUUAUAGUCUGUACCAUUCAUUUGGUCAUCUGGGUUUUUGUUGUCUGCAUUCCCCCUCAGUGCUUAGCAGAGUGUGAACUACCCACCUAACUGGUGUUCAUUCAUUGAAUGAAGAACUGAAUAAAUGAGUGUUUAAAUAAUUUAUCUCAACAUUCACAUUGGGAAACUUCUAUUUUUUAGGUGUAUUAA